CUCCUAGCCCCGCGGCCGCCGCUGGAAGAUGUCUCAGGAGAGGCCCACGUUCUACCGGCAGGAGCUGAAUAAGACAAUCUGGGAGGUGCCCGAGCGUUACCAGAACCUGUCCCCGGUGGGCUCCGGCGCCUACGGCUCCGUGUGUGCUGCUUUUGACACAAAAACUGGGUUACGUGUGGCAGUCAAGAAGCUCUCCAGACCAUUUCAGUCCAUUAUUCAUGCCAAAAGGACCUACAGAGAACUGCGGUUACUGAAACAUAUGAAACAUGAAAAUGUGAUUGGUCUCUUGGAUGUUUUUACACCUGCAAGGUCUCUGGAGGAAUUCAAUGAUGUGUAUCUGGUGACCCAUCUUAUGGGAGCAGAUCUGAACAACAUUGUGAAAUGUCAGAAGCUUACGGAUGACCAUGUUCAGUUCCUUAUCUACCAAAUUCUCCGAGGUCUCAAGGUAUAUUCUUCCUCUUUCCAAAGCUUAAGAAAAGGAAGAGGAAAAAAAAGAAAAAACCUUUCUUAUGGAAAAUUUCGAACACUCACAGAAUCACAAAUACAAUCAUAGUGUAAUGAACCCCUACGUUUACACAGUGACCACAAUUUCCAACAUAGGACCAAUCUUUCCUUUGUGUUCCCCAAGCCCUGAAUUAUUUUAAAGCAAGUCUAGAUGUAAUGUUGUUCCACUCAUAGAUAUUUCAGUAUGUAUGUCUAAGAGCUCAAGAUUCUUCAUUCUUACAUCUGAAGAGUAGUAAUAAUUUCUUGAUAUAAUCUAAUAUCUGGUUAGUGUCAUGUUGAAACUUUAAAAACCUCCUCAAGGAGCCUAAUUUAUUUGUGGGAGGGGCAGAUAAGUAAUGUUUUAAAAUUAAAACACCUUUGACAUUUAGCAGCUUUGAGUCCUUAUUGAACUCCACAAAACCAAUCAGAAAACAAGUU